AUGAAUGAUGAUUGUGUAUUAAGGGAAGAAUAUGAAACGGAUGUUGGUUCAUUAGAAGAAGAGCAAACUAAUGGUUUUAAACGAAAAUACAUUUCCGAAAGUGAGCAAAAUAACUGUAAGAAACAAAAACAAGAAGAAGAAACCGUACCGGUUUGCAACAGAAUGGCCAUACUUUUAGGUAAUCAGCCAGAUGAAGUUGUUAAAGAAAUAUUGAAUUAUCUCCCUUCAGAAUGCACAAUCAGUGUUUCGUCAGUUUCUAAGCAAUUUAGAAGAGUUUGGAAAAACACACCUUACGGAAUAGUUUAUAACAUGCUUAUUAAGCUUAAUCAUUCCUUUAAAGUCAAUUCCUAUUCAUUGGCUGAUAAAGCUAUUGUCGGUGAGUUUGCAAAAAACGCUGUAACUUUAGUAUUUGGGAAAGUUGAAAAAGAAAUUGAGUUCGUUUUUAACAGCAAAAAGACUGGAAUUUUCAAAGCUGAGCUGAGUAAAAUCGAUCAACAGUCAGAAAACUUUUCGAAUGCCAUCCCAAAAAUUACAAGAUUUGACUAUGACGAGGGAGACAACAUUGGUUUGUAUGCCUAUAAAGGUCAUUGUUUUGAAAUUGAGUUUGGAGAGCUAGGAAUGGUAAGGUUUUCAACUUGGACUCAGUUAUAUUUAAAACAUAGCAAUGAUGGCAUAAAUGCUGAAUUAUCAAUAACUUUGAAAGAAUUGAAACUAACGAACGAUGAAUGGGAUAUUAUCAUUGAGAAGGCAAUUAGUUACAUGGACCCGGAAGUUUCUUUUAGAGAGUUUUCAUUUACCAACAAACCACUUACUUCCCAAUUCACAAACCACAAACUCGACUUUGAAAAGUUCAUUUGGUGA